AUAAUAAUACGCACAUUUACGCAGUGUUAAAUACGAUCAAGAAAUCACUUCCUUUGCUCCGAAGUUAAUUGCCAGCCUCGACGUUUUCUUAGCCUCAUCGCCUUCUCCACCCUGACAACAACCCUAUAUAUCCCAAAGACUCUUUCUUUCUUUCCUUCCGCUGCGAGCUUGCAUCCUAUUCCUGCUCAAAUUCGAAAUUGAUUCAAGAGGAGAAGAGGGAUUCUGGCUUCUACUCAAAAAACUCAUUCAGCCAAGGGAUUGGUGUGACUGCACCGAAGGCCAGGAAGCGUGAUAAAGUGAAAGCCAAGAUUUUCAUGUUCCUCUAAUAAUUUUGGUUAGAUAAAAUAGUUGUAGACCUACAAAAUGACUCGGAUACUUGUUCAACGGGGUACUAGCGGGUCAUCGUCCUCAUCAUCAUCGAACCAAAACAGACCAUUAUCGUCACUGGCUAGUUCAUCAUCUUCUUCUUCAACUCCCGUUCAGCCGCAAACAAAUAGCAAUGAACCUGGAGCAGAGAUUCAAGAUCAGAUUUCUUUGGACGAGUUACCAGUUGAUGGUUUUGUGAACAAGUCAGUGAAAUCUGAGGACUCUUCACCAGAAAAUUCGAACAUUAACUUGAUCUCCCAUGAAGUGAAUAUAGUGGAUAAUAAUGAUUUUGUUUCUGAUGAUCUACUAAAAGGACUUGGUGGAUUGAGAGUUGUGGAAGAAGAGGAAAAUGAUGGAAGUUCUUCGCGAACAGCAUCUGGUAGUUCAUAUCCUCCUCCUCCUCCUUUGCCACCCCCAAAACCUGCUUCUAUGAAUAAUUCAAUCUCGAAGAGGUAUCCAACUGGCAGUUCAAGUGCUUUGCGAACCAGGUCCCGGCCAUCUUCCCCCCGUUCUCACUGUGAAAGUGAAGGUUAUAACAGCGCUGACGAACAAAGUCCAUCUUUUGGUCCCUCCUAUGAUGAUGCAGAAAGAGAACGUCAAUUUGAAAUUGACCUGAGACAAGUUAAAGGUCUGGAAGUGAAGAAAAUGAUGGAAGAUGGAAACUGCCUCUUUCGAGCAGUUGCUGACCAAGUGUAUGGUGAUUCUGAAGCUUAUGAUUUGGUUAGGCAGAUGUGCAUUGAUUACAUGGAACGUGAAAGAGACCACUUCUCUCAGUUCAUAACAGAAGGUUUCAGUUCAUAUUGCAAGAGGAAGAGAAGAGAUAAGGUUUACGGUAACAAUGUGGAGAUCCAAGCGUUAUGUGAAAUGUACAAUCGGCCAAUCCACAUAUAUUCAUAUAGCACAGAGCCGAUCAACACAUUCCAUGGAAGUUAUAAUACAGACACCCCUCCCAUCCGCUUAAGUUACCAUCACCGUAAUCAUUACAACUCUCUUGUUGAUCCCCGUCGGCUAACAAUCGGUGCGGGACUCGGUUUUAGCUCUUUGCAAGGGAGGAGUGUUGAUAAGGAUCAAAUAAAAGCAGCAAUUAAGGCACAACAAGACCAACAAAUUGAUAAGACCCUUCUAGCUGAGGGAUGCUUUUACUCGGAUCUUGAGCUGACUGAGAAAGAAAUAGAACGUAUGGUGAUGGAAGCUUCUAGGGCAGAAUAUCUUGCCAAACACAAGUUAAAGCAGCAACCUGGUCACAGAGAAUCGUCCACCUCUGGUGCUGAACCAUCAUCUUCUGGAGCUAGGUCACCAGGAAGUGAGAACAGGCAGGAAGGAGGGCGGGAGGUUUCAAGGUUGCCAGAAUGUGUUCUCAGUGACAGCAUGCAAAUUAUGCUGUCGAUGGGAUUCGGGUAUUCACAGGUGAUUGAAGCUUACAGCAUCUUUGGAGAAGAUGUGGACUCCAUGGUCUGUUACCUUGUAGAAACCAGCAGUAGCAGUAGCAAAAGACGCAAAGGAAAGGCAACAGAGUAAUUGUGGUUUCUCUUAUAGAUUGUUAUUAAGAAUAUUGUUCUCUCAUUUGUCGAACUAUAAACUGCUGCUAGUAGUAUUGUUAAUCCAAUCUAUACACUUUGUUGGUGUAUCCUUCUGCAUUUGUGACACCCUCUUUGUUUCAUCGUCUACUUAAAGUCACCUCUAGGCUCUAACUUGCAACCAUCAUCACAUGGAACACCACUUCCCUAACCUAAGCUUUGUUGAAAGAACUUUACAAUCUUCUUUUUACAUGUAUUUAACAAUAGCCGCUCCUGUCCAAGUGCUUAAGGUCGUGAUCAUUGAUGUAAAUACUAGCGAAUAGUGUUAAGUCAUGUUUUCUCAAAGGCAAUUCCCAAAAUCUAAUAAAAGUCAUGUUUUCAAAAUAAGACUGUCAUGUUUUU